CGUGUCGAUAAUGGUUACCAAUAGAUGGCGCGUAGUCAAGGCAACCAAUUUGUUGUUUAAAAAUAUUUGUUGCGAUUAGUUUUUUUAAACGAUCUCAUGGAAAGAUAUAUUGUGAACGGCAGGAUUGGGGAAGGGGCACACGGGAUCGUUCUUAAAGGUAUUGACAAGUCCACAAUGAAACUGGUCGCCAUGAAACGGAUAGCGUUGAAGAACAUUAACGAGCAGGGAUUGCCGAACUCGGCUGUUCGUGAAUUGCUGGCUCUUCGCCUGAUCCGCCAUGAAUAUGUAGUGAACCUAGUGGACUAUUUCCCACAAGGAUAUUCGCUUGUGUUGGUCUUUGAAUAUUUACCAAUAGAUCUCUACGAAUUUUUGCGCUCCAACUCCAAACCUUUGCCGACGAGUCACGUGAAAAGCUACAUGUGGAUGCUAGCCAGCGCUGUGGAAUAUAUUCAUAGUUUGGGUAUUAUGCAUCGGGAUUUGAAGCCGGCCAAUUUGCUGAUUGGUUCCCGAGGCGAACUGAAAGUGACCGAUUUCGGAUUGUGUCGUACGUUCAAUCAUUCCGAAAAGGCUCAAAGAUUAUUCACACAUCAGGUGGCUUCGCGGUGGUACAGAGCACCGGAACUGCUCUAUGGUUCUCGCAACUAUGGACCGGAAGUCGACCUAUGGGCUAUGGGCUGUAUCUUUGGUGAAAUGUUGAAGAAUUCUCCCCUUUUUCCGGGAGAAAAUGACAUUGGCCAACUGUGCACAGUCAUUCAAGUACUAGGCACUCCAGACGAAGAAAAUUGGCCAGGUGUAUCAGCAUUGCCAGAUUUCCACAAAAUUUCAUUUACCAAAACUCGGAAACAAAUCUCCUUUAAGAAAAUCCUGAUUGAUGUAGACGAAUCAUCACGAACGAUGCUGGAACAAUUUCUUCGCUAUUGCCCCCAAUCACGAAUAACAGCUAAACAGUUUUUGGAAGCUAAAUAUUUUCAAGAAGAUCCGUUGAUGACAGCAAUAGAAGAGCUGCCUCUCCCGACCGAGAAAUCAGUGAAUACCGCAACGGCUGAAUUUGUUAACUGGGACUGGUCUUCUACACAUUUUUAAAUAAAAGUCUCAAAAAAACAACUUUUUCAAUGAC